AUGCCAGUAGAACAGCCAGAUCAGGCACUAUCGCUUGAAGUGGAACAAUUCCAGUUCCAACUGGACAACAACUAUAGUGACCCAUCCACAAACCCUUUGAAUCCAACCCCUCUGGCAGAAUUUGGUGGACCAGGCAACAAGUAUGAUCGGAACUAUCACCCAAACCUCACCAGGCAGCCUUGUGAUUCAUCUGGAAACCCCCUCCCAGUUGGACAGCCAUCCCUGGAAACUCCUUCUGAAAAGCAACCUAACAAUUGGUCACCAUAUUCCAGUUGUUUGGAGUUCAAGCUAACUGACUUUCUGUUCACCCACAGCCAAAUGUCUGCUGCCAAUAUAAGUGAGUUGCUAGAUCUCUGGAAUGCGAUGCUGCUCAGUGCUGGCAGCCAGCUGGUCUUCAAGGAUAGUGCUGAAAUGUACAAGAUGAUUGAUUGCACUAUACUCAGUGAUGUACAGUGGGAGAAUUAUACUGGUGACAUGGAUUGCCAGCUGUUUCAGGAAUAUGAGAGUGCAAUGAAAAAGAGACAAUGGGAAGAUUUCAAGUCUGGUGAUUGGGCAUGGACACAAGUGGUGCAUCAGUUAUCUUCUAUGUCUCUGAAUAUAAUUUCUCAUGAUUCAACCAUGCAUGGGUCUACCUUCAUUCCAAUCAUCCUUGGCAGUGACAAGAUGACCAUGUCAGUUGUAACCGGUCGAAAUGACUACUAUCCCCUCUACCUUUUGAUAGGUAACAUAAGCAACAAAGUUUGUUGUGCUCAUUGCAAUAGUGUUGCUCUCAGAGCUUUCCUUGCAAUCCCACAUAGUAAGAAACCUGCAAUGACCAAACCAACUGUUAUGCAGUUUGGUGAUGGACACUAUCACUGCAUCACUUUUGGACUUGAACAAGUCCUUCUGGCAUGUAUUGUGCAAGGGUGGUGUGCAAAAUGUCUUGCAAUGAGGCAGGAACUCAAUAGUGAUGUGCUUUAUCAGAGUCAUGAACAUGCAGAAGCACUAAUUGAGGAGUUUGAUCUCAAGACCUUAUGGGAUGCAUAUGGCAUUGUGGGUGAUAUAAUUCCAUUCACCAGUCACUUUCCCCAUGCCAACAUAUACCAACUCAUUUCCCCUGACAUACUACACCAGAUCAUCAAAGAGAUGUUCAAGGAUCAUUUGGUCAAGUGGGUCAAAAGCUAUUUGAAGACUGUGCAUGGCACAACAAAGGCAAAUGCAAUCUUAGAUGAUAUUGACCAGAGAAUCAUGGCCAUCACACCUUUCACAGGGCUCUGUCACUUUCCUGAGGGCCAUCAUUUCAAGCAGUGGACCAGUAAUGACUCAAAGGUGCUAAUGAAGGUGUAUCUACCUGCCAUUGAGGGGCAUGUGCCAACUGAGAUUCUUGUCCAUUGCAAUGUCCUCAUUGAAGAAACCUUGGUUGCAGUUCAAGAUACCAUCAACCACUUUCACAAGUACUGGGAAAUAUUUUGCCAAUCAGGUACCAUUCAAACCUUUUCCUUACCACAUCAGCAUGCCAUGAAGCACUACCCUGAUCUUAUACAUUUAUUCAGGGUGCUGAAUGGACUUUGCACAUCAAUUACUGAAUCAAAGCAUAUUGAUGCUGUGAAGGACCCACACCAGCAGACCAAUUGUAACAAGCUGCUGGGCCAAAUGCUCAUUAUCAAUCAGUGCUUAGAUAAUGCAGUGGCUCACAACAUCAACCUCUUGUGUUCAGAAAUGAAGCAGGCCAAAACCAUGACAGAUCUUGCAAUAGAGCUCAGCCUAUUGCAUCUCCCUAUCAUUUUGGAGGAGUUCCUGCUUCAACAAGCCAAUGCUGAUAACUACCAUGAUCUCUGUGACAUCCCACUAUCUGAGCACCCUGUCUAUGGAAACAAAAUCACUGUCAUUAAUUCUGCAGUUGCACUAUUCUAUGUGCCAAGUGAUAUCAGUGGUAUUGGUGGCAUGCAGUGUGAGUAUAUCUGCUCAUGUCAUUCAUGGAAGAAUGGGCCACCCUGGUAUGACUGUGCAUUUGUGAAUACUAAUCCAGGGCUGAAGGGGAUGCAUGGUUUGGAUGUUGUGCAUAUCCUGGGCAAGUGUUACCCAUGUGCAGUAGUGCAGUGGUUUGACUGUGUCACCAAGAUACAGAUACAGGGAUCCAUCACUGUCAUACACAUAGACACCAUAUAUUGUGUGGCACACCUUGUUCCCUUGUAUGGCACCCACCCCAUUCCCAGAACCAUAAAGCUGCAUCAUUCUUAUGACAUAUUUACCACUGUCUACAUGAACAGAUUUAUUGAUCAUCAUGCAUUUUUGCUUUUAUCAGAUUCAUACUUGUAG